AUGGGCAAUAUCUUGCGACGACGUUGCCCGCCAGAAGAGCAAUUGGAGACAAUAGCAUGCCAUGUCAAUUUUUACAAGAAAACCUUGGAGGGUCUGCCCGGCCGCCGCCAAACUGCACAUCGCCAAUCACUGAUGCUCAUCGUUUUCCUGACAACCACGACGCUCGCCUGGCUGAUCCUACACUUCCCCGAGAAGAGCCGCACCCUGCUUAGCGUUUUCCCGGCCGUCAUUGGGCUGCUCCUACUGUGGUUGCUGCGAAAAAUGGUCAACAGUUACUACAAUUACACUGUGGGCAAAACGCAACGUGCCCUCGAUUGGGCGAUGCACAAGAAGGACGAGACGCUGGAAGAGAUCCGCGAGACGAAAACUUUUAAGGUGGCAUGUGAAUUGCUCGAAAAAUACGACGACGCCGAGCCGCACUCCGCUGCCAAAGCCAGCAAAACGACUUCAACCACGGACAUUCGCACCGAAAUCCCGGCAACGACUCCGCAAGGGGUGCAUCGUGGUGCGAGUGGCCGGCGUGUGGCUGUUUCUACCCCUAUUCGACGCCAGGCCCCGUUACCGAUACGACCAAUGGUUCGGCAACCGCCAUCAAUUGUGGAACGGUUUAUCGACUACUGCCUCGGCGAGGGACCAGGUACAAGAAACGCGCUGAUCUGCUCACUAUGUCACACUCACAAUGGGAUGGCGCUGCCUUCAGAGUUUGAUUAUCUGGCAUUUCGAUGCUUCAGCUGCAAUCAUUUAAACCCGGCUCGUAAAUUACGACCGAGUCAGCAGUCGUCAGCUAAACCACUACAGGCUCGUCCCGCGUCGACUCCCUCUUCUCUGACGAUUCUACCGGGGGCCCGUGAAAUAACUAGUCAAGCCGUGGACGGAGACCAGCGUUCUUCUACGGAUAAAACUCCUGAACUCGACGAACUGAGCUCCAAAUCCGAAGAACUGGAGCCAGUCGUCAGCACUGAAGAAGUUAGCCGGGCU